AUGCGCGUCCUCGCUCUCCUCUGGGCUACAGUGGCGUUGUCCCUCCCGCUCGCUGCCCCUGGUGGGCAGUCUCAAUCUCCCGUGCAGCUGGUUCUGCAUAGCAAGCCCGACAGCGUCGGGCCUUUUGUCAUCGAGCACAUUUCCGACUCCCACUCCCGUGUUCCCUCUCCUCCUCUCCCCUCGCAUGUCCAACCUCCACCUCCGCCUUCCCCUCCGCCGCACCGCUUGCCACCCGAGUUGCGGCUGCCGACAAAGCAACGCCUUCCCCCAGGGUACGCCGAACUGGAUCGGCCAGAGCGCAAGCUCGAGCGCUCAGACAACACAACUGAGCCAGACGCCGACGCCGACGACACGGACGUAAGUCUCUGCAUCACGCUUGCGGCACUCGCGGCCCUCGCUGGCGACGCACACGAACAGGGCGAGGUGCGCCUGUGCAUGGGUGCCGACACGAGCCCCGCGCGCAGGGUGUACACUCGGUUUAUAAAGUGGGCUGCACAGCACCCUGCCUACUCUCAUCCGGUAGACCUCGCCCGAGCUUGGGCCUCGGUCGUCCAACAAGCCUUCAUCGACAUGUUGUAG